GAUAAUAAUUGACUGACACGUACUAAACAUUCAACUCAAUAAAGAGUUGUUCUUGCACUCUAAUAAUAUAAUUUUAUAGUUAUCCAUUUCGAAAGUUACAACAGUUUUUGUAUUCUAAUUUUUUUCUGUUCUUAGAUUUUUGAGGAUUUAUCAUGUUUCGGUUGAUGAACAAAAUAACUAGUUCGACACUGCCCGUCGUACAAAAAUGUUUUGCCAGUAGCGCACCAAAACCAAUUAUCAACCCACCAAUUAAAUAUACAGAGGUAAUAAUAAUUUUUUUCAACUAAAUUGGAAUAAUAAACUGUUGAUGGUGUAUUAAUAAGAUAAUGUUUAAUUUAUUCAAAAGAAUGUUUCAAUUUUACUUUUUAUUAUAAUCAUGCUACCUAGGUAGGUAUAUAGUCAAAUAGUAGAUUUAAUGUCAGAUCAUAAUUAAAAUAUUUAAUUAAGUAAACAAUACAUUAAGCAUAUUUUUAAAUAAUAGUACAUACCUUAUAUAUUAUUAUUAUUUAUUCUAAUAUUUAUAUUAUUUUUUAUAAAAGCUGUAUAAUCUUAAACUAAAACAAAAUUCACAUUUGAAUUCAUGUACAAAUCAGUUGUUGAAGUUAUUAUCUAUUGUUGUUUAUGGCUAUUUAUUGGUAAUAAUAUGUUAAAGUAAAAUAAUUUAUUUAGGUUAAGACAAGUAUAGGUUUUUAAUUUUAAAAUAAAGAGGUAGGUAUGUUAUCUAGAUAUACAAAAUCUCUAUUUUCUGUAUGCUAUCUACAUAAAAAAUCUUAUCUAUUGUUAAAUUUAUAAUUAUUUCACCAGUUUUGUAUUUUUCAAUUUAAUUAGUUAUAAUUUUAGAUUCUCAGCAUAGGAAGGAAUGUACUUAUUGGUAUUAUUAUAUUUUUCUAUUAAUUUUUUAAUUUCUUGUGUGUAAAUAACUAAUACCAGAAAUCUGCUCCAAUGAAAAAAUAUUAAGAGCCUUUUUUUGUUGUAUUAGAAAGAUAAUUUUUUUAAUUUGUAGUUAUAAUAAUUGGAAAAACCAGAAAGAAACUUAGGAAAUAUGCAAAGUUUGUAACAUUAAUGGUUUUGUCAUUUUUAGUUUCAUUUUUCACAGAAUACUUACAUACAAUACUUACGUAGCCUUUUCUAGACAUUUUUAAAACAUUUUGAGCUAUUAAUUGACAUUAUUUUUAGUUUUUAUUUGGUAGGUACCUACUAUAAAACUGUUUGACAAAACAUAAAUGUUUGACAAUUGAACAUGAGGUGUAUUAUAAUUUGUACUUAGUGUUAAAAAAAAGUUAAGUGUAAUGUAGUAAUUUUUUUAUAAGAAUUUUCAGAUAAUAUUUUGGAUCUUAUCGUACAAAUACAUGAUUUCAAUAUAUGUGUAACUAAACUUUGCUCAGAAUUGUAUUUCCCUUAGCAAUGGUUUAUUGGUGCUUACAGAAUUAAAUUAAAUAACUUGAUGUAUUCUACUUUUCCAACUACCUACCUACAACAGAGGUCCCAUUAGUAGUUUCAAAUCUUUUUUUUGUUUUGUUAUAACUUUUUAUUAUGCAUCUUUUCUCUUUAUUUUUGGAUAUAAAUGACAUAAACGUAUGUAUUAUAUCAUUUUAAUUUUUUUCAUAGAAAAUUAUUAAUGGUUGGUAUAGGAUUAUGUUCAAGAAUUUGAGGCUAAUAUGAUGUAUUUUUCAUGUCUUCAAAAAAUUGAUUAUGAGGUAUAGAACACCUUCAUUAUUCUUUUAUUUGCCUCUUCAACAAAUUAAAAGGCACUUGUGUUUUUAUAUCUAUGCAAAUUAAACUAAAUUAAUUUACCAAUUAGAUUUUGUGUAUAUUGUAUUUUUUAAUUAUUGGGUAAUUUAUAUAUUUAUACUUAAGAUAGAAUAAUAUUUGUAGCUAUUAUAGAACACCAAUAUUAAUGUAAUAGUAGAUACAAUUUUUUUAUUUAUAAUAUACAGCACCGCUACCAACAAAGAUUUAUACUAUACAACAGUUUUCUAUAAUAGUAUUUUUCUCAUAGGCACAGUUUAUGCAUUUUAAUGAUAAAAGUAAUUGAUCAUUUGUAUAGGUUUUUCAGAAAAACUAUUUUACUGAUGUAUUACUAGUAGCUAUAAGGUGUUUAUACAUUUUUUAUAUAUUUAUUUGUAUUAUUUAAGUGUAUAAUAUAUAUAUUAAUAAUUCACUAUACAUUGUGUACAUACCGAGUGAUUCAUUUAAGUGGGUACACUCAUUAUCUCUGAAUGUAUUCAAUUUUUUCUUGUUUGUUUAGAACAUUUAAGAACAAGCAACUCUACAAUUUUAUAUUUAUAUUAUUAUUUUUCACCAUUUGGAUUAUCCACACUAUUCAAAUCAAAAUUACUCUCAAGAAGAUCAAAGACAACAUUGUAUAAAGUUUUAAUUAGACCUAUAGCAUUAUACGCGUGUGANAGUAGAACAUUUCAAAUACCUAGGAACUUGGGUGAAUGAAAACGCAAAUAGUCAGGAAGAAAUAAGAGAAAGAUUGAUAGCAGCAAACAGAUGUUAUUUUGGAUUAUCCACACUAUUCAAAUCAAAAUUACUCUCAAGAAGAUCAAAGACAACAUUGUAUAAAGUUUUAAUUAGACCUAUAGCAUUAUACGCGUGUGAGACGUGGGCAACCACAAAAAUGGAUGAGAAGAAUUUGGGUGUUUUGGAAAGAAAAAUACUUCGGAAAAUUUUUGGACCAAAAAAGAAUGAAGGAGGUGAACUUGAAAUAAGGACAAAUGAGGAGUUAAAAAAAUUAUUUGGAGAAGCCCAUAUUAUAGGAAUUAUGAAGAGUAGCAGAAUAAGAUGGGCUGGUCAUGUUUGGAGAUCUGAAGGAGUACUGGGGAGCAUAACAAAAUGGAAACCAAACACAAAACGGCCUCGAGGAAGACCCAGACAACGGUGA